AAGGUGGGGAGAAUUGCGGUGCGGGAGGGCGCGGACGGAGCCGCUGCGAUGUCAGCCCCGCGGACCCUGGCGGCCGCCGCGGCGCCCGGGGGAAGCGGGCGGGCCAAGCUCACGCACCCGGGCAAGGCCAUCCUGGCGGGUGGCAUUGCUGGAGGGAUUGAAAUCUGCAUCACUUUCCCCACCGAAUAUGUAAAAACUCAGCUACAACUGGAUGAAAAAGCAAACCCCCCUCGGUACAGAAGUAUUGGUCACUGUGUGAAGCUAACUGUGCAAGAUCAUGGUGUCAGGGGUCUGUACAGGGGCCUCAGCUCUCUGCUAUAUGGCUCGAUUCCAAAAUCUGCUGUCAGGUUUGGGGUGUUCGAGGUACUCAGCAAUUAUGCAAAGGAUUCAAGUGGGAAACUGGACAGUAAACGGAGCUUAAUUUGUGGCUUGGGAGCUGGUGUAGCAGAAGCUGUUGCAAUUGUCUGUCCAAUGGAAACAAUAAAGGUGAAGUUCAUUCAUGACCAAUCCUCUCUCAACCCAAAGUACAGAGGGUUUUUCCAUGGUGUCCGUGAGAUUGUGCGGGAACAAGGCUUGCGUGGAACAUACCAGGGACUGACAGCUACUGUCCUCAAGCAAGGCUCAAACCAGGCAAUCCGGUUUUUUGUGAUGACUUCCUUCCGCAACUGGUAUCUAGGUGAUAAUACUCACCGAGAGAUGAACCCAUUGAUUACGGCUGCAUUUGGUGCUGUGGCAGGUGCAGCCAGUGUUUUCGGUAACACUCCAUUAGAUGUCAUCAAAACCAGGAUGCAGGGUCUGGAAGCCCACAAGUAUAAAAGUACCUUGGACUGUGCCUACCAGAUCCUCAAAAAUGAGGGCCCAUUAGCAUUUUACAAAGGGACGGUUCCUCGUCUUGGCAGAGUGUGUUUGGAUGUGGCGAUCGUGUUCGUGAUUUAUGAAGAAGUUGUCAAAGUUCUUAACAGAGUCUGGAAAACUGCCUGAUGCUUUUCUGGCUUCGUCUGAAGGGGACAGUUGGACUGGCUGGUUAGCCAGGUCCAGAGAUCUGAAAGGAAUUUAUUGCCAACUGUUUAUUGUCAAAAGGUUUGUGAAAAUGCAGAGACUAUCGCUUUGAACUCAUUCUUUUAAAGCAAAUAAGCAGGAGCAUCUAACAUGGCUGCUCUGCUGGUACUGUGCUUCGGAGCUGAUAAGCUUGAGCUCAUCUAGAGAAGGCUCCUAGAGCAUUAUUACUAACAACAUGUAUGCCUGGUCCUAACGAAGCUGAGAUGACAAGGGGAAACUCCUCUUCAAGUGAAAGCACUGGGCUGGAUGCUGCUGUUUGCACCAAUGCAUCUCUGGAGUAACUUUGACUUUUCCACUCCAAUGAGGCUCUGUGUAGGCUGGAGAUAUUUUAACUUAAUUACAGAUGUCUUACGUGGCUUCUAGUUCAAAUAGUGUGAACCUCUGUUUAGACCCGAAAAUAACUUUUAAACCUGGUGUUAUAAAUCAUUUCACAAGCUAAACCA